AUGUCGGCACCCACACCGCCCGAGGAUCCGCUGUCGAUCCAACAAAUUAUUUCACGGUAAGCGCAAAGUGUGUGUUAUUUAUAAUACUUGCACUGCUAGCUGUUUUUGCAGAAUUCUGUGAGCUAACUUUUGUUUAUCUCAUUUUAUUUAUAACCAGUUGCUGUGUUUUUAUUGCUCGAGGCUGUUGUUUGCAUCACGCCAAAGUAUUAUAUACAUAAUUUUAAUUUGACAAGGGAAGUGCCAGUGAAACGCCUGAAUCUAUUACAACUUUUGCUGGGUCUUGGGCAAAUAUGAACUCAUGAAAAUGUUAGCUCGAGCUUUGCAGGAAAGCAGCAAUCUUUGUGAACGAAAGAUUGCGGCCAGAGAGAAACUCUUUCGGCCAUAAUUCUGCUGCCACUUUGGCGCAAGGAGAUUCCUUUCUUGUAAGCCUUUCCGGUAGAAGUAAAGGGUGAUAUAACUCUUCAUAUGCAAAUUUGCAAAAAAAAAGAGUCCAAUUUCAAUAAACUUCCGGAGCCAAAGUGUUGGCAAAAAGCGAGCGAGGAACCUCGCGUGUAUCUUCGACAACAUUUUUAAGUUUGUGCCAAGUCCUUUUCAAAUUUGAACGUUGCAUUCGGGCGCUUUCCCUUAUCAAAGUGUGUUUUGUGUGUACUAACAAUAAGACGUGUUCUUAUCAUAACACAUUACCAUACAUUACGUUAUAUUCAUUUUGAUGUGAAUUUUUGGAUUUGUCAUCAAAAUAUGUAUGAUAACCGUGCAUCCGGUUUUACAUUUUGCACUUGUUUUUUAGCCAUUUUUUUCUCUCAACUUCAUAAUUUCAGUUAUGAAAAUGCCGAAGAAGAGUUCCUGCGUGAGCUGGAGUCGAUGCGUCAAGGGACGAACACGGAUACGUCCGAUGAAUUCGCAGAGGACAGCCCUGUCUUAGGUAUAGUUUUUUUUCAAAGGAAACCUUUCAAAAAUAGCUUUUGAAAAUGCUAAAAGUGCAUCUCAUUCAUUUCUUACAUAUUCCACACCUCACGUCGCAUUACCACCUUUUUCCCUCAGGCGAUUGAUCGAUUACUUUUGAAAGCUGUCAUCUUUUAAGUUGAAAACAUUUUGAAGAAAACAGGGGUCACUUUCGAGAUCAAAUUUCCCAGAUGGACAUGUUUUUUGGGGCCGGUUUUAUAGUGCCAUUACAGCGAAUCACUUGUUUGCAAAAUAAAUCGUCUCGUUUUUUCUUGCCUCAGGCGUUUAAAGUUUUCGGACGGACGAGAUUGAAUCAUUUGGCCUUCUUAAAGCCCUUUUAACUGCUCUUUUGGAUGUUAUUUCAGGUGAUGUUACACUAAAAAAAUUGUUUCAGGGACCCUCUGCAGUUUGGCCAGUGAAGUCCGAGAACUCCGUCGACAGAAUCGGCGACUCCGAAGGAAACUCGACGACUCUUCGGCUGUCUCAACGCCAGCCAGACGACCUUCAAGACCACAUUCAUCGGUGGUCCAUCGGAUGAGCCAGUUGUUUGAUGGAAGGCAUCUUCUCAAAGGUCUAAUGUCGAGCUCUGGAAGUUUGUCAAGUCUCAAGAAGCCUCCAACAAUGCAAGCCGAGAUCCGGACUGGGGCCAGAGAGCGGAUGAGUACUCCGCCGAAGAUUGACAACUUGGUGGUCAGCUCUUAUUCAACGGACUUGUCAUCGGAUACGGGCUCCUCCAGUAAUCAUAGAAGGAAGGCGCCGCCAUUGGUGCUGCCGGAGAUUUCAGACUCAGAAAAUGAUUAUCAGCAAGUGAGUAAAGUUUUCGCAGCUCAAAGCUAUAUUUUUUUACUGUUUUGUCAUCAAAAAUGCCUAUUUCAGACCAAAGAAGACUAUGCCAGCAUUGAUGACAAUUGCCUUUCGCCCUGUUAUCCUCGGCGUUCCAUGAUCCGUCGAGCUGAUCGAGGGUCAAUUAGUGAGAACACUAGCCCUUCUAGUGUAUCAGCGUCGUCAUCAGUGGAUCAUUGUGAUAACAUGAGCAAGUUCUAAUAAGUAAUGAAGAUAUUCUGUUGCUUUUCAGCCUCAAGUCGAAGCAGUUUCUUGGAAUUCAUUGGUUUGAAGCGACGAAAUCCAUCGAGACCUGAGGCAAUGCCUACGGGAAAAGCGCCGGGACAGGCGAAGAAACGGAAGAGGAAAAUCAGCGAAAGUGAAGUUCAUUUGGCUGUCAACAGUGGUGGUGAGUAAUAUCUUUUACAAAAAUAUUAUAUAAUAAUAAAGUUGGAGUUUCUAAAAGUACUUUUAGCUAACAAAGGGCUACGUUUUGUCGGCUUCCUUUUGCAACAGUUAGAUUGAUUGUUUUCUCCACGUGCUGCUGUUUCCAGACCCCAACUUUUUUGUGCCAUUAAACUCUCGUGUCUGUUUUUUAGACACCCGCAAUAAAUCCCCCCUUUCUGAUGCGAAGAGUGCAAUCGGAUCGAAAUAAAUCUCGGCCUGAGGGAUUACAAUUACCCGAACCUCUUUCAGACAAACGCUCCUCCAACCUGUUGGCGGUGGCGACCAGCAGCGAGAGCGCGCUCGCGCCCGGCCAAUGCGGCGAUUGGGCCGGCAGUCGGCCCCAGUCCCGGCAACAAGUGUCAACCUCCCUCCGAAAUGUUUCCAAUCUUCUGCCGGCGGUAAGCGGGUUUUGAAAUCGGAGACGCCGCGGCCUCAGGGGGCUCCAAGUGGGGGUGAGGGCCGAAAAGCACGGCGAUCUGAUCGGUUCCUGGACAAGGAAAUGUGUCAAACAAAACGAAAAGAACAUUAGUCACACACGAGGAGGGUACAAGACCCACUCCUGACCUUGUUCAUAAAAAAUGUUCGUCAGGAAAGUGGGAUUAGGGAGGCCAAUGACGCGCUCCGGGAUUUCUGAGAUCCAUUUAAUCACCUCGAAUGUUAAUCUCUUGGCUUUUUGCUUGUUUAGUUGCGAAAAGUUUAAGGGUCAUUCCUUGGUGAUUUCUGAGCCUUUGGCCCUUUGAUUUUAUAAUAACAAAAAAAUUGGAGGUCCCGAAUUUCAGCACAGCGCAUCAGUACCCAAAUUCGAGGAAGUUGACAACGAGUUUGGUGUGAAGUUGAGGCGAAAGGUCCGGCCCAAGAGUUUUGCCCAUAACCUCUCACCAAGCGAUUUGAAUUUGCCCAAGGCACGCCUGGGGAAGAAGGUAAAUAGUUCAAGGAGUGUGGCCAGCAGAGGUGAGUCAGAAAAAACCCCAUUACUUUUUGACAACAGAUACUUCCGAAUCAAUUUGACUUUAUCUUUUUCUUCUUUUACUUCUUUAAGAUAUCAUUGGCGGUUUCAUUUGAGUCUCACAGUAAUCUUUGCCCAUUUCAGCCUCCGAAGACACGAAUCAUUCGACCUACAACGUUGCGGAUGAAGAGUAUCAGCUACUUCAGGACGAAAACAGUUUUCUUCAGCAUGAAAUCCACGUUCUGAAGACUCGGAAUACCCAGUUGAUCGACCAACUCCGCGACAAAUCCAUGCAACUCUCGAAGAACGAACAUAUUUUUGAGGUUAAGGUGAGUGAUCGGCCUGCUGACAUCCCCGCUUGUUUUUAGCUGGACAAUUUGAAAAAGAAAGAGAAAAUGAACGAUGCCCUGGAGCGAGUGUUCCUCAAAGAGCGAGUGGGAAGAGUCACCGAGAAGUCAAUAAUCGAGAUCGAAAACAAGUUGAAAGAGUUGGAAGCCGAGCUACAGCAGUCCAAAAAUGAUGCGCUAAAGAAUCAGCAGCUGGUAAGAAUUUGAAAUUGCUUGACGUGACAUCAGUUUGUCUGUUGGUUUUAUUAGAGUGGAGGACCUGAUCCAGUGGCAAAAAACGUACCAUUUUGCAUCCGGGAAGUAUCAAAAAUGUGGCAAAAUGUUGCCCUCUCCAGAAAAAAAAACUCCGAAUUCAAAAGCGCGCCUGCUCUUUUUGUGAGAGAAAGAGCGCGCCCUUCAAAACGUAGUUUUUUUCACUUGGAGAGGAAAGCAUUUUCCCACAUUUUUGAUGCUUCCCGGAUGCAAAAUGGAACGUUUUUUGCCACUGUAUCAGGUCGAUAUACUGUACUUUAAUAAUUUUAAGGCAAUAAAUGCGACGUUCCGUGAGCAAACGGCUUAUCAAAAUUGUCUGGAACAGGUUGAGAGACUGCAACGUGAGAAUUUCUCAUUAUUACAGUCAAAAGGAUAUGGUAAGAAGACUGCAAAUAUCCUGUAUAUUGCUUCGAUUUAGAGCUUGGAAUUAACGAGAGACAUAUUCGAGAGCGAUUGGAGGAGCUCCCUCGAUACGAUGCGCUUUACGCAUUUACCAUGAGGAUUGUACAUAGAGUAAGUGAUAAGACCAUUGGCCGGUUCAACUUCUGGUUUUUAAAAAGUUUUAGGACAACCCAAUUUUUUGCAUGGCCUCAGAGGCAUUUUUUGAAACCAUUUGAAUUUUUUGGCUAUCCAUUUGUGAUAUUUCAAACUUUUUCGAUAUUUACUUUUUUACUGACAACCCUUGUAUCAUCACAAUUUUUUCAGCUCGGCCAUCUCCGAAAUAUGCUGAUCGACAAGUCCAACAAACUAAUUCAUGCCGAGCUUGAGUUGAUGCAUCAACAAUCAGCAUUAUUAGUCGCGCAUGCCCAAAUCGAGAGACUAAAGCUUGAACAGAAUCGACAUUCAAAGAGACCGGCCUCUUUUCAUGGAGAAGACUUGUUGUCCAGACUGAGCAAACCCAAACUGAAUGUCUUCUUGCCCUUCAAACUUCAUGGAAGUCGGGUGGAACAGCAAAGGAAGAGCAAGAACAAUAACAGUGUAAAAGAGCUGGCUGAUGAUGACGGGAUUGAGGCGGACUUUUUGAAGUUCUUUGACAUGAGCAAGUGUAAGUUGAGAUAGUUUUUAACCAGAUUUUUUGCCAGUAAUCGAAGAAACGGCUAGCCAAAGAUUGGAUUGGCAGCAUCAAUUAUUGCAUUGAGAUUUUUAAGUCCUUGCCCUUCCAUUUUUGAAAAUUUUUGGGCUAGUCCAACUCUUCGGCUAGCUGUUGAAAAUCUUGAAUUCAACGUGCUUGAAUAUUAAGCAUAUUAAGCCCUACGGCAGUCAAAUUAACGCUUGCAAUUUAAUUUAGUUCCCUUGAAAACCGAAACUCCGCCCUCUCCCCGCAUUGAGCGCAAGCUGAUCCCUCAGCAGCGCGGAAACGGACCAGUCGAAAAUGUGAUUGUAUAUAGAAACGGCCGCGGCACUGUGUCUCCAAGUAGGUCGUCUAUCUAGCUCUUUACACAUUGUCUUAGUGGGAUCUCCUGUGUUGGCCGAACGAAAAAGACUGGCCAAUGGGAACGCAUCUCCUUUGGUCCGACGGUCAGAACGAACGCCCGAAGAGCGGACUCGUCGUCCUUGCAGUUUGGUUGAAGCGAAGAAUGAGAAGUGCGGAGAGAUCAAGCGAUUGGCCGACGAAAUGAGUCGGAUGAAGCCAGAAGACGCCGUCCCCAGCCUGAUCACCAACUCGCCUAUUAUGCGGUUUUCUGGAAGGCAAGGACAUGUCAGAGAGGUUGUUUCGUCAUUGCAAGACAUCAGCAAUAUCGCUGGAAAGAGCCCAUCGACAACGCCGAUUAUGGUGAGGAAAGUGCCAAUCCUGGGAUCACCAAAGUCGGCGGAAAGAAAGAUUAUUCGACAACAAUCGGCCAGUUCUCCGAAUGGAUCGAGUAAGCACACCACAGACAUUUAUUUUACAUUUGCUUUUUAGGCUAUGACAACCAACCGCUGUAUGACAGUCCGCCGCGAGUGUCGGGAGAGUCUUCCGACUACAAUUCAACUGACCGUCCUUUGCAAAGCUGUCUAAAAAGGAAUGGAUCUGAUCGAAGGAAUCCUAUGAUAGCUCCGUCACCUCCAAAACAAGCCGCACAUCAUCAUCACCAUCAUCAUAUAACCUCCAGACUACCUCAGCCGUUCAAUCUGCCAAGUACCCCUUUAACUAAUGGUCCAAAGAAGCCAAGUGCUGUCCUGGUAAGAGCUAAAUUUGGCUUUAAAAUUUUUUGCUCCCUCUCAAAACUAUAAUCUCUCUUUCAGCGUCGAAAUUCCCCCGUUCUCCAGAACGAUCAACGUCCGGCCGCCACGAACCGCUGGACAAGUCAGCGGGUUCGUCAGAGUGCUAGUGAAUCGCCCCGAGCCGUUCCCCGAUUCCAACACAAUCACACAGCCCUCACACAACCAAUCCGCGAGGAGGAUGAACGCUCCAAUUCAUUGGAACGGACAGAGCAACCAUCAACUUCAAGUUCGUCCGGUCCCUUCAGUCGGUUGCCAAAGCCGGGAAGCCAGGCCCUAAAGAAACCGCAGAAUUGGUUCAGUCGGAUUGUAAAUGGGAAAAAAUAA